UGAACGCCCUGGGGAAUAAUUCACUCCGCCUCCUGACUCAAUGCACUGGUGAGCAACUCACCCCACCUACUGGCUCUCUGCUGCUUCGGCGAUUAAUGCAGUCUCUGCUCCAACUCCUGGCGCUACUCUCUGCCCCAUGUCUUUAUCCAACACUGUCCCUGGUGCAAGCCCACCCUGACAGGCAGCCGGGGCUCAGUCCUGUCUAACUCCGCCCAGUGGAACCGGGGUUCCCUCCCUCCUUCCUACUCACUACUUCUGCCUAACUCCUGUAAGUCUGUGGCGGUCGGUUCCUCUGCCGGGGUGGCUGCGAGUCGGGUCCUAGUGGAGAACUGUCACCCGUUGUCGUGUGCUGGAAUUGAGGACUGCAGCCUGUUGCUUCCUCUGUUAAACCCAGUUCUGAUUCCGCCUUAGCUCAGAUCGUAUCGGCAGUGGACCUCGAGAGGAUAAGGUGAUGGCAAGGAUCGGAUUCACUUCUGGUUCGCCCACCUGCAUCAAGAGUACCCAACUCCCGUUCCUGGAGAGGCUGCCUACCCCAGACCGCCUCAGAGCUGCAAAGAAACGCCGGACGCAGCAGCUGAAAAAAUGGGCACAGUAUGAGAAAGAGAUGCAGAAUAAAAAGAGGAAAACUGACAAGAAGAAAAACACAGGGAAUCCCCAACGAGUCUCCUUCACUCCGAAUGUUAUGCUCUUAGAGGCUUCAUCUAGGAAUGAUAUUGAAGAAGUGAGCCUCUUGCUGAAAAAGAAUGUGAACCCAGAUCUGUGCAAUGAAGAUGGACUCACUGCAUUACAUCAGUCCUGUAUUGAUAAUUUUGAAGAGAUGGUAACGCUGCUUUUGGAUCAUGGCACCAAUGUGGAUGCGAAGGACAAUGAGCUGUGGACGCCUUUGCAUGCAGCUGCCACGUGUCGACACACCAACCUCGUCAAAAUCCUCAUCGAACGGGGAGCUGACUUGCUGGCAGUCAAUGCAGAUGGGAACAUGCCCUACGAUUUGUGUGAUGAUGAUCGGACUCUGGAGAUCAUCGAGACAGCAAUGGUUAACCAGGGGAUCACUCAGGAGAAAAUUGACCAAACCCGCACCGCAGUAGAGCAGCAAAUGAUUAUAGACAUCAAAGAUGGUAUUCAGGCGGGUGCUGAUCUGAAUGCAAGAGAUGCUCAGGGAGCCACCUUGCUCCAUGUGGUUGCUGCCAAUGGGUACUGCACAGUUGCUGAGCUCCUUCUCGAACACGGGGCCAAAGUAAACAUCAAAGACCAUGACGGCUGGGAACCACUGCAUGCUGCUGCCUGCUGGGGUCAGAUGCAAAUUGCGGAAUUGCUGACAGCUCACGGUGCGAGUCUCAACACCAAGACGAACCUGAAAGAAACACCAAUUGAUCUCUGUGAUGAUGAGGAGUUCAGAGUCUUACUUCGACAGCUCAAGCACAAACAUGAUAGCAUCCUGAAAUCACAGGGCAAGAACAAGUCAUCUCUAAGCAGGAGAACCUCUAGCGCUGGAAGUCGAGGGACGGUGGUGCGGCGAGCCAGUGUGUCGGACCGAAAUAAUUUGUACAGGAAAGAAUGCGAGCAGGAAGCAAUUAUCUGGCAGCAGAUGGGACAGAAGGAAAUGGAAAAGGAAAUCGCAGGCAGUGACGGAGAAGAUAAAGACUCCUACAAAGAUCAGGAGAAUGUGACCCCGAGUCUGUCAUCCAACUCCCAAAAGGAUGUGACGGAACAAGUUGGGUCUGUGGAAGAGUCGGCAGAUAUUGGCAGAAAGAACAGUCCUUCACUCUCAAUCUCAACUUCCCGACGGUCUUCGUCUGACACGGAAUCCUUGAGGAUAUCGCCGGCGCCAGAAAGAGCGAACGGCCAGGCUGUGCCUGACAAUUCCAGCCCUGCUCCUUCACCGCAGCCCAGCAGGGACAGGAGCAGCCAGACGCUGUCGGAGCUGAAGCGACAGCGAGCGGCCGCCAAGCUGAAGAAGCAACUCUCCCAGGAAGCAGCUCUGGCCAACGGCCUGGGGAGCAUCUUAGAAAGUGAGCAGCUUCAGCCCAAAGGCAGCCCGGUGGGCUCGAGGACACCGGAGGUCAGUCCCAAUGGGAACUCGCUCUAUUAUUACCAGCCCAGUGGGGACCCUCCGUUAUUAAAACUGAAGGCACCGUUGGAGGAACCGGAUGCUAAGGGACAGGGCUGCUGUAGGAUUGUGUGAUGAAAGGAAAGGACCUGUUCUGUUACACAUUGCACUUGGGCCAGAGAUGGUUACACAUUGGUAGCUGCUACAUUGAAGUACUGACGUGAGGAUGUUAAUUUAAGCAGUAUUUUAAUUCAUUGACAGCUGAAUUCUCUGUAACUUUAUGGAGUUCUUUAUUCUGCAAGGUAAGAGAGAAUGACUGUGUAACUGUUUGGAGUUCCUGGCCACCAGUAUGGUAAGGAUUCCGCACUGUAUUACUGUACAGAUAUUCUGACUCAUUUGGGACUGUCCUUUUUUUAUUCUCCGAUGCUGCAGGAUUUAGAGUCAUAGGGUCAUAGAGAUGUACAGCAAGUUUUAAUCCAUUGGUAUUUAAUUGAAUGCCAGUUCAGCACUCACAGCAUCUGUAACCAGUUUAUGAAAACGAUUGUCCAUUUUGAAUGGUUUCUUUUAAAGUAAACAAUUCGCACAGCACCAGAUUGAACAAUGCUGCAUUUUGUUUUAAUGUGAGCAACUGUUGUAGAGCUUGUCCUAUUUAAGGUUAAUCCAGCAUCAAUAUUACUCCUGUCUUCAGGGGACUACAUUGCACUCUCCAGGGACUUGGAGAGAGAAGUGAUUCAUUGAGAAACAGCGGUUUAUAGUGCAGAGGUAGCUGCAACUGAAAAUGAGAAGAUAUGGAAGCACUUUCCCAUUUGUCACUGAGGGAUAUUGAGUACUUCCAAGUUGGUCCUGCAGUGGUCAAUUGUGCUUUUGUAGCUAGAAGCCAGUAACUCUGCCCUGCUUCACUGAAGCCAUUCUUGCCCUAGACUGGGAAACACUUCCUUUCCCAUGUGCAUUUCAUCUCUACUGCAGCUGGAGGCAACUUUGCUUCUUGUUGGAGAGCAAUGUAGGAGUCCGGUAUUUCUUUAAACCAGCAUUGCUUGCAACCCAGUUCUACCAAAAUCCUGCUCCCUGUCAAUCCCAACUCCAUUAUUUUGGAGGGAUAACAUUCUGUGUAAUGGUGAACAAGGAACUGAAUUAUAGCAACAUGCACAAUAGCAACUGUGAAUGUCAUGUGAUCAUCUGGUAUGGUCACGUGGCAACAUUUUCACUGCGUUAAAAACAUCCAAAUGUAACACUCAAAGCUUAACUUGACAUAGUCAUCUUGGCUGACAUUUGGAAGUCACCAUUGUCCCAGAGGGCCAUGGGGCUGUCUUCUCACUGGAGAGAGAGAGAUAGGAGACAAGCGGUGGUGAAUUUCACUGAGGGUCACCAUGCCCCAGAUGAGUAGGCAGGGCUUUUAUAACCUUCAGCCAGUUUGGAAAUUGAGCCUGCUCUGUUGGCAUCACAAAUUAACUAUCCUGCCAACUGAGCUAACUGACACCUAGACUGGCAUUUCACCCUCCGAUCAGUCCCAUCAGAUUCGCUGAUUAGUUAUUACACUGUUGGUUGUGAAUCUUGCUGACUGCAAGUUGCCUGGCGUGUUUGCCUACAAAACUAGAGUGACUGUACUGCAGAAGGUUCUGAGGAAGUGAGUUGUGGUAUCCAGAUGUAAAUUUGUCCCCCUCUUUUUUUUUAUCCAGCAUCUCACUUAACCUUGUGCAUUCUCCCAUACAGGAGACGUUGCCACCCAAACCUGAGUGAAUCAAGACAGGUGUCUUCCUCUAUUCUUGAUCUGCAACAAUUCCCUCUACUCUCCCUUUCCUGA